GUAAGAACAUACAAAAAUAAUUCGAUGUCAGAAGAAGGAAAUAUGUUCUGCAUUUUCAAUGUAUAUUCUUUGGAACAAAGUCAAUAUUGAACAAAAAGGUUACCAGAAAUGGCUUAUAGUCAUGAUGGUUAUUUUAAAGAUUUACAAAUAAUUCAUACAAAAGUUAAUCCUUCACCAAGGGACACAUCAGAUUCUUCUUCUCGGAAACUGAAUAAACAUCGAAGAAAACUGCCAGACCUAAGAGUGCCGUCAGUUAUUGUUCUGUUCGUCUUUAAUAACAUAUUUGGAUUUUUAGCCUACCAUUUUGCAGUUUCAUCAAAGAAUGAAUGGAAAAAAGAAAAUUACAAAAAGUCGAAAGAGCAUUUCAAAAGUUCUUUGACAUACCUGCUAAUUGGUAUUCUAUUUGGUUUGACAACGUAUACACUUCUGAUUGCACUAUAUGUCAACCACACGCAUCUUUUUUGUUCAACCGGAAAUGACGUACAUAUACAAAAUGUCGUGAAGAACAUGAACAAUGGUUGUGGUGGAAAGUGUGUUAAAUCGAACUUCAUAAGCAUAAAUUCUACUGGAGCUUUUCAAACAAUAUUGCGGUCUGAUGGAACAACGACAUUUAGUUUGUUUUCUGUAGUCAACGACACACUUUGGACAUCGAACGACACAGCGCUAUUUAUUGCAACAGAAAUGACAAAAGUAUAUAAUUUCACAGGCACGGAUGAAUUCUGCAAGACAGAUGAAAUGACAACAACAGAAAUUUGGAACACACGCUUAUUUUCUUCAACAGACCAGACAACAGAGUCCACAAAUACCUCUAUAACAACAUCCGUAACAAAUAUGUUGGACACUUUAAGUACAACUAAAGUUUCACCAAUUAACAAUUGAGUCAC